CAACAAUACGGAUGCCUUGUUUUUUUUGCUCUGUCCGGACCGCAACGCUGUAGCCAAUUUAGAUAUGCUAUAAAUUUAAGAGGUUGCUAUGGCCACCGCGCGCCCAUUGGCCGGCGGGCCCCCUACGCGCCGCGCCACGUCACCAAAUCUGAAUAAGGAUGCGCGAAUUAGGCGGCGGCCAGACAAAGAUGAGGAUCGGGACCGCCUGAAAGUGGGGGAAAGUGCCGGCGCCUCCGCCGCCACCCGGGAGAGCCGCUCCGCAGCGCCGAGGCCGGCGGCUACCGGAGACGCCUGGGGGGGAGCUCGGAACCGGCGCCGGGGCGCACGGGGCCCGGGCAUGAGGCUGUGAGCGCCGCCGCUGCCCUCCCCACCCCGGGCGGCCCAGCGCCAGGCCGGCGAUCACCCAAGGACUUGACCGGCGGCUGAGUCUUGGUCCGGACCAGCCUCGCCCGGCAUUCGCCCGAGAGGAGAGGCGGAGAGGCGGAGCGCAGCUGCGGGGCCGGGGGGCCAGAGGGCCGGGGGGCCCGAGGGCCGGGGGCCCAGGGGAGGGCGAGGCGGCCGGAGCCGCCGGGGCGCGCGGCGAUGAUGGUGCACUGUGCCGGCUGCGAGCGGCCCAUCCUCGACCGCUUCCUGCUGAACGUGCUGGACCGCGCGUGGCACAUCAAGUGCGUGCAGUGCUGCGAGUGCAAGACCAACCUCUCGGAGAAGUGCUUCUCGCGCGAGGGCAAGCUCUACUGCAAGAAUGACUUCUUCAGGCGCUUCGGCACCAAGUGCGCGGGCUGCGCGCAGGGCAUCUCGCCCAGCGACCUGGUGCGCAAGGCCCGCAGCAAAGUCUUCCACCUCAACUGCUUCACCUGCAUGGUGUGCAACAAGCAGCUGUCCACCGGCGAGGAGCUCUACGUCAUCGACGAGAACAAGUUCGUGUGCAAGGACGACUACCUGAGCUCGCCCAGCCUCAAGGAGGGCAGCCUCAACUCAGUGUCAUCCUGUACGGACCGCAGUUUGUCCCCGGACCUCCAGGACCCGCUGCAGGACGACCCCAAGGAGACGGACAACUCGACGUCGUCGGACAAGGAGACGGCCAACAACGAGAACGAGGAGCAGAACUCGGGCACCAAGCGGCGCGGCCCGCGCACCACCAUCAAGGCCAAGCAGCUGGAGACGCUCAAGGCCGCCUUCGCCGCCACGCCCAAGCCCACGCGCCACAUCCGGGAGCAGCUGGCGCAGGAGACCGGCCUCAACAUGCGUGUCAUCCAGGUGUGGUUCCAGAACCGGCGGUCCAAAGAGCGCAGGAUGAAACAGCUGAGCGCGCUGGGCGCCCGGAGACACGCCUUCUUUCGGAGUCCGAGGCGCAUGCGUCCCCUGGGGGGCCGCUUGGACGAGUCUGAAAUGUUGGGGUCCACUCCAUACACUUACUAUGGAGACUACCAAGGCGACUACUACGCGCCCGGAGGCAACUACGACUUCUUCGCGGCAGGGCCGCCCUCGCAGGCGCAGUCCCCCGCCGACCCCGGCUUCCUGGCCGCCGGGCCCGGCCCCACGCCGCUGGGCGCGCUGGAGCCGCCGCUGGCCGCGCCGCACGCCGCCGCCGACAACCCCCGCUUCACCGACAUGAUCUCGCACCCGGACACGCCGAGCCCCGAGCCGGGGCUGCCGGGCGCGCUGCACCCGCUGCCGGGCGAGGUGUUCGGCGGGGGCCCCAGCCCGCCCUUCCCCCUGGGCGGCGCCGGCGGCUACAGCGGGGCCCUCGCGCACCCCAACCCCGAGCUCAACGAGGCCGCCGCCGUGUGGUAAGGCCGCCGGGAACGGGCCGCCCCCGCCCCGGGCGGACGGACGGAUGGACGCAGCGUCCCCGGAAACCAAAACGCCCCCUGGAGGCUCCCUCGGGGGUGCUCUCCCGGGUCCGCAUUCGACGCGCAGCUGCAGCCGCUCGGCGGGGCGCGGAGGGGGCCGCCCCCGUCGCCACCGGGACCCCAUCCUCCGCCAUCGCUCUCCCGGCAGCCUCCACGAGCCAUUUCCCGGGACCAAAGUCAGCCCUGCAAGAGGGUC